CAUCCUCCCCCUCCUCCGCGACCGUCCAGAAAGAUGUAUCAUCCAAGCUCGUCGUAUAAUCAGAUUCAGGAUAAGCGCUGAACAGUGGUGGGAAUCGAGGCCAAAUUGAGAAGAAGAGAUCUAGUCAUUGGGGACCCCGCAGAACAGACAGAUAAAUCGGUUUUUCCGGCGCAGAGCACCAGUGACGAGGAUGCAGUCGGAGCUGGAUGCGAUGUUCGGGCUCGAUUCAGUCAGAGAGAAGAGUCUGAUCAACCGUGUCUCACUCUGCAUGCAGCCUGAUUCUAAACUCGUUCAACCAUGGUUCUUUCUUUCGAGGCAGAUCAAGGGGCGGGAGCGGAUCCUAUCUCGGAUAUCGAGCCUGUCGAAGGCAAAAGAAGAGAUCGAAGCAACUGAUUCCAGACUCCUAUCCGACGCAGUAGGUUUGCAGGCAUUGCCCGACGACUUCAUAAUCGUCAAGUCGUGGGCUCUUCAUUUCCUGCUAUCUUUUCGCGGAGAUGCAGAAGGUGACUGGUCCGAAGCGACGAACAAAGGAACAGGAUGGGAUUCAAAUGUCGGAUACACUAAAUGAUAUAACUCCCUCAGGGAGGUUUACAACAAUUGUGUGGUUGGCCAGAACCUGUACUAACUACUAUGGAUAAUAGGGUAUGAGCGCACAAGCGCUGGAGUAGCGGGUACUCAAUCUACAGUAGCUGAAUGGCAUGCCCGCUCGAUCAACAAGCGACCGCGACUACAGCGAUGACGCCGAGAGCCACAAGGAACUUCCCAGAAGCAGCCAAGGGAACUC